AUGGUUUUCCUCACGGGUGAGGACAUGAAGGCGUGCUUCAAUCUUUUCUGCUGCAUCUACGGUAUUGGCACGCUAGGCAUGCCGGGAAACUUUGCCCGCGCUGGUCCUUUGAUUGCCGUGAUCGCCAUGGCCUUCAUGGCUUUUGCCAACACCUACUCAUCUAUCGCCAUGUCCAAGGCCAUGCUGAUGGCGCCUCGGUCGGUCAAAACGUUCGGUGACCUCGGAGAAUGGAGCAUGGGCACCACUGGGCGCUGGCUUUGCAUUGUGUCCCAAAUGAGCUCCUGCCUCUUGAUGCCGUGCGUCUUCCUCGUGCUAGGAGGUCAAUUGCUUGAUGGCCUCUUCCCCGAUGCUUUUAGCCAGAGCACGUGGACGAUCUUUAUGGCCUUGACGGUGCUGCCGAUUUGCCUCGUGCCAACUUUGAAGGAAGGUUCGGGUGCUGCCUUCGCUGGCUGUGUGGGAACGAUUAUCGCUGAUAUUAUCGGUGUUGGAAUCGUGAUGCAUGGCAUGCGCGGCCACCCUAGUGUUCCCUAUCCGGAACUUAAGUUCUCUCAAGUGGCUGGAGUGUUCGGCAAUCUCUCGUUAGCCUAUGGUGCCGGUAUCGUUAUUCCUGACCUGCAGCGUCAGCACAGCGACCCCAGUCGCAUGCCCCGAGUU